AUGUGUGACACGCGCCACAAACACUGUCAGCCCACCGUCUGGCAACAGCAUCCAAGAUGCACUCGGCAAGGGCACUGGCAACUUGCGAUUGGUGAUUGUGGCGUCGUCGCCAGCAACGGCCUCAGCUACAGCAUCCCUCCCUUUGAUGCAACUCCCACCACCUCUGUGCUCAUCAUCAGCCCAUCAUCAACAACAGCAGCAGCAGUGACAGCAGCAGUGACAGCAACAGUGGAUGACACGACCACCAUCAACAGUCUGCAAGCCAUGUGGGCACUGCAGGCGGCGUGUGCUGUGGCUCACAGCACCCUCCUCUACGGAUCCGCAAAUGCGGUGGCCACAACCAUGCUGUCCGUUCCAGAUGUGGUAUGGUGUGAAUUCCACCACCGUGACGGCCUCGAUGUGUCCAUGCCACUCUUCUCCAUGGUGACAUUCAUUCAUUCACACCGGAGCGACGCUUUCCGCCCGCACACAGAAAGUACCUCGUCACCUUCAGACGCACUACCAAGUCUGCUCAUUCUCAUGCCAUGCUCAACCACCUCCCCAAGCUUCACAACGACAGGGACAUUGUGUUGGUGUGCGCCUGCCGGUGGUUUGGCGAAGAGCGCAUGGGCCGAGAGGGGAAGGUUGGAUAUGACCCGUCGUGCAAGCAGGCAGAGGAAGAGUUCAACAAGUACACGUACACAGAGCUGGCGCUGGAGACCAAGUUUGGGCUCAUCAUCAUGGCUGCGGGUACCAUCCCCGUCAUUGUCGUCGAUCACUACGUGCUGCCCUACCAGGACCUGCUGGACUGGGAGACGGCCCUUGAGCCGGCAGCUGUCCUCCCCCUCCACCAACCACCACUGCUCUGGUGGGAUGAACAGACGGGCGCUGCCAUGUGAUGACCAUCCAGCCACGCUUGUGCGAUUGCGGAAGCAGCAGCAGCAACUCACACCGCAAAGCAAGCGAGCGAUGAGCAACGUGACCGCUGCUCGUCUUUCCCUCUCUUUCUCGCCCUCCCUGGCGGCCAUCACAACAACAACAACAGCAGCAGCAGCAGCCAACACACCCUCCACCGCCGAUGCAGUAGCAGCAGAGGAUGCACCACCACCACCACUUGCUGCUGAGCACAUUCCCCAGCCAACCAAGCAAGCAGCAACAAACCCAUCGCCCAAUGCUGACGGAAGCUGGCUGUUUGCAGCUGGGAACAGGUGGCGACAGCACAAGUUGCGUUUUAGGCUGGAAGCAGCAGCAGCAGAGGUGAUGCACACGCACAAGCAGGAUGAGGGAAAUGUCGAGGAUACUUGUCACGCGUGCCAGCUGCACUCGCCUCACACAUGCAGCAACUCCCCCGAUUCGGCUGCCGCUGCUGUGCUCAUGCAGUGUUCCCAUAUGCGUGAGCAAGGGGGGCGACUGCGUGACGAUCGUUGGAGGAUGAUGGGCGGGUGCACACAUGAUGGGUUGGGAGGAGCAGCUGUGGACACACACAUCCAUGGUCAUGGGGGGGGGGGGUCACAUCCAACCACAGCGACGCACUCGGCCAUCACCAUCAUCACCACCAUCACCAUCGACCGCACAGCCGCCAUCACACGCCGGCUGACACCAGCCCCAAUCUGGCGUGAGGCAGACCUUGCACAUGUCACUCGCUCUCAUGAUGAGGAGGCGCAUGAAGCGGUGGAACCAACGACGAUGAAGAUGACGAGUGAUGAAGCAGCAGCUGAUGGCUGGCUGCAUUUGGAUGAACGGGCCCUCUGCCUCUGGGCCAUCUCCUCCUCCUCGUCCUCGUCAUCGUCAUUGGUCACCAACAGCGGCUGCGACCGUGAAUGUGGAGGGUGUGAUGUACGUCGGUGUGCCGUUGCCUCGCAUGACGACGACGCUGGUGGUGGUGAGACGGUGGCCGUUCUCUUCCCAAGCCCUCAUGACACGACCAGGGCGAUACACGCACACACGAAUGUGCGGAAGAAGAAGGCGCAAGCCUUCCCCAUGCGAUGUGUGGAGCUGUUGAGGCGUGAUCGAGACAGCGGCCAACACAGGCAUACACGCAGGCAGGCUGGCUCGCUGCUGCUGGUGCCGUUGCGCGUGUGCGCUGUGCACGGUGUUUGGACACGGCCCGUGCCCACCACUCUUCCCCCUUUCAUCUCCCCUUUCUGCUCCAUCAGCGAUGACGAUGGUGACCGUGGCAUGUGA